UUCCAGCAAUGUCCCUUUGGAAACAAUGAUCUCUGAAGCCAGUGGUCGAUACAGUGACUGUAAUUAUAGUCAGGAUACUAAUACCUCAAUUAUACAGAACGAUUUGCAGGAUGAUUCUCAAUAUUUUCCAUCCCUCUCAUCAUUUUCAACUUCUAAUGUCAACUCCAUACCUCCAAAAACAGACUCACUCAGAAGUGAACAGCUCGAAGAGAAUGUGGCAUUCUUCAAGUACCCUCCAGAAAGAGCCAAUUCUAUUAAACCAGAUCCCUGUCCAACGGUAGCCGCGGUGCUGGACGGUGCUUUGGAAAACAGUGUCCAAUUUGUAGAUGAUCUGUCAACAUUACUCGAUCUAGAUAAACAAUAUAAAAGUAUUUCCACCUGGCAAGGACUAGCUCAGGAAUUAUUCCGUCUUCCUUACAGCAAAAUUGAUGAAAAAAGGG